UCAUGGUGAGUUCUGGCACCUCUUUUUCUAGAAAAAUAUCACUGUCCGGAACCAUUUUCAGAUAUAAAAAAUAAAGAAGUCCCCACGCUCAGGCUUACAAUUUACACCACAGAAAAGGGAUUGGGGUGAGGAGGGGAGAAAGCAAACUCAGCCACUCUGGUUAAUGAUUUCAGAACAUGCAGCAAAUCACUCAGACCACGCAUGAAGCUGUUAAUCAUACAUUACUGGUUGAUGAAACUAUUGUUAGUGUAUGCAACUUCCUCUGGUUUUCUUAUGUUUAAAUAAAUAAAUAGCUUUUAUAGAUGUAGAACCAAUUUAUAACUUCCUUUUUUUCUUUUUGCGUGAGCACUGCCUUGGGAAGCUGACGUCUUCCAUCCAUGAUAGGCUGACCAUUCAUUGUACUGACCAGUUUACUUUUCUCUGCCAGGUACCUGCAAACCUUAUGUCAUUUGAAUAACGUGCUCCAGUAUGUGAUGUGACUUCAAGUGCCAAACUGCAGGAUGGGAAAAUCAUUCCCACAGGAAAAUGGAGGAAGGGGACUCUAGAGUGAGCCAGCUGUCUGUAACAGUGACUUCAGCACUUUUCUUAUAUAACUUGAAAGUAAUUAUGACACAGCUUCUAAAAGCAGAAAGUGAAUGUUGUCCUUAGGACAGGAUCUAACUCAAUGCACUGAUGAGAGAGGUGAUUUAGACUGAUUGAAGAUACAACCUGCUUAGUGCAGGAUCCUUGACUUUAGCUUUGUGGUCACAGACUACCGUGGAUUUCUGUUCUGCCACAAACUGUGCAUCACAUCUUCUGCGGAUUUUUUUUUUUAUCUGCUCUUUUUAUUGUUGAGCUGCUUUAUGUGACUGAAGAACAUUUAGCCCAUGUUGGGUUUUCAAUUAUUUCUAAUGCACAAAAUGAUGACAGUGUUAACUUUGCUGCAAAGUGUCAAUUAGAAUAGGACAUUGUGGAACAACGUUUUUAUAACCUUAAGUGCACUGAGUUGCUUGGCAAUGUGGCUGCCUCAGAUUUUGUAUCAAACAUAGGGACAAACCAAUGUUCAUACCUGAGCUAUUUGAGAAAUGUGUAUUUUGGCACAAGAUAAACCACCUUCAAUUUAGUGUUUGUUUCUUGUAAUUGGUUGUGCUGCUUUGUUUUAAUUAACUACAGGUGCCCAGGCAAAUGAAGGGUCUCUUGCUGCUGAAAAAUCAGUUGGUGUUAACGCUCCUCCUGGGUUCUUUCACUCCAAAAAGAAAUAUUUGCCUUAAAUUAUUUGUUUUUCUUUUUACUGUGGGUGCUAUUCAUCAAAAAUGUCUAGCUGUGUGUCACCUGCCCCCGGGUCUUCUGGGGCACAGGGCAUCUGCUCGAUCAGUUAAGUUGCAAGAGCAUUCCUGCCUUGGGAUGAGGGGUUACACCCUCUCCCUUUCUCUGGGGGUGGGGGGCAGUUGCCAGUAUAUCCUUCCUGAGCCCACCUUUUUUGAUACUUCACAUACCUUUCUUUCACAGAAAAUCAGUGUUAAGGCUGUAUUCAGCAAGGAAAGAAUACAUUGAUUAUCUCCCUUUCCCUCAUUUCCUAACAUAUGAAUAGCAGUCAGUAAGCACUCAGCCACUAAACAUCUGCAAGACUACAACUGAGUGGUACAGCUUUUAAUAAAUAUGGGAAGCCAUUUCGGAUUAACAGAACUCUGCAUCUGAAGAAAGCUCUGGCAAGGGCAUGCUGUCUAUUGAUCUAAUUGGAUAUUGUUAAUCUUUUAUUUUAAAUAAUUUCCUUUAAUGUUCAGUGUCUGUUGACUGUAUUGUUUUUAAAUGUUAUGUUGUAUGCUUGUGUCAUGGAUCUAAGACUGAAAUUCAGUAUGAAACUGGCUGUCAAAGAGAACCUAGUUACUGAAUCUAGUAAGCUACCCAAAAGGGGCGAUAGGCAAUUUUACAGCAAGAUGUAUCCCCAAACACCCUUUUUACAGUUGGGAGCUGCACAGCUGGCUUUCUUGCCAAUCCAAAAGCUAAAUUCAUGAGAGUGAGGUAGUUGUAAUAGGAUAUCUAUAGGUCUAUCAACAAACUCUUAUCAUCGGCCAAUGAAUGGAAUUCUCUUUUCAGGCAUCACCAUCUCAUAAUGUGUUGGGAUACAAUUUUGAAGGGUUCUCUUGUACAGAGAGAUGGAGUUUACAUGUUUGGAUUGUUUUUUCAAGAAGAACAUUUAUCUGGAUUUGCCAUCAAAAGCAAAGGUGUAUGAUUUUGUAACUUCUCUGCAUAUAUGUGCUGAUAAUAUCCCACCUACCUGCAGGAUGCAGAAAGAGACACAUCUUGCCAGCUGAAUGAUGGUUAUCAAAAGUCUGAUCUCCAAACCUCCUACUUAAUGCUGAAAAGCCAACACCAUCCUUUUAUACUAAAUAAUUAGCCUCAUCCAGGCAUGUACUCAAGUUUUAAAUGUCCGUAUUUAAGCCAGAAACUCAUUACAAAACCAUGGAUAACAUUAUCAUCACUUCUACAGUUGUAUUAAAUCAAAGGACCUUGCCGUUGACAGCCCAGCCUGAAUUUUAUCCUUUGUAACUUCCAAGGAUGCCAAAAAUGCAAGGAGCACCCACCUGACGCAGGGAAACUAAUAAAUGGUUAAAAGGACUAGGCCUUCUCAUGCUGCCAAAGACCAAAUGCUAUAGAAAGGGAAUUAUGACAUGCAUAAUUUAGUGACUCCAUUGUCAACGAAUGGCUUAAGGAAAAACAGUGGUGUUUGGGUUGCCUACCAAUCAAAUAAUUGGAUGGAGAAGAACAAUCUGUAUGGUAAUUUUUACCUCAGUCCCUUAGGGGUUAAAAUAUGCAUUGGUUAGAAUACAAACUGUAGCUCUUUCGUCAAAACAUAUUUGAAGCAAAAUAAAUUUGAACUGCUCAGAAUAAGUUCCAAGACCUAGUUAUAUAAUGAUUCAUCAGUAAUCCAGGUGCUCACAGUUAGUCAGAAGAGCAACAUUUAAACCUAAAUAAUAAAUGCUUACACUUACUGGCUUGUUCAUAAGUCAGUGUGAACCACAAACUGAAAUUACAGUGGCUACAUCCAAAAACCAUACACUACUGAAGGCAAAGGGAGUUUAUUAGAUGCCUCUGAGUGGACAGAAACAGCUGUCAACCAUGAAGGCUGGAAAACUAGGUAAAUUAUGAGGAAAUAAGUCCCAUUGAAUCUAGUGGGCCUUCUAAGUAAGAAUGUGUGGUAUUUGGCUGCAAAACUCUUUCAGAACAAACACUUACAGAAAGCAGAUCUGUAUUUUGCUUUAUAUUUUACUUACUGGAUAAACAAGGGAAAAUAUUUUGGCUUGUGAAGAAUCCCCACAUCACAAGAAAAAUGCCUCCCAAAUCUCAUCAGCUUCCACCCUUUUACAUCAAGCACCUCAAUCCAAAGGAAUUUGGAUCAGAAAUCAGCACAGUCCUUGAUAAUGACAUUGCAUUAAUGAAAAUAACACUUGUCAUGGUGACACCCAUGAGAGGGGAAAUCUCCUUUUGUAAUGAAUGAAACUUGCAUGCAUCUGUAGAGGGGGGAAAUCUCUUGGAAUUAAGCUACUUGAAAGUCCCUCUGCAAAUCUGCAUUUGGAAUGUUUUGUUUUUGUUUUUAAGAAAAGAAAGCAAGAACCAGUGAUGCAAAUGGCUGGCCAUGAUUUUGAUUUGUUGUAUAUGGACAUGGAAAGUUGUACAAUAAUGAGUUGUGUGAUAAUGGUGAUAUGAUGCAGUAUUCAGCAAUAUAAGCAUCUUUGCUGCAGUGUUUUGAGAAGAUGAAAUAAACGAGUGUUAGUACAGUAUAUGGAAAUUGUUAUUAGCAUAAUCCACAUUUAAAUGGUUCUUGUCCUAUAAAAGCAUGAAGCUCUACUUAGCUACUGAUUUUUGUGUGUGUGCACCUUUUACUGUGAAUUCAAGUGAUGCAUAUUGGUACUAUUUAAAAUACCACCUCCCUCAAAGCAUAUCACAAAAACUGUGCCCUGGCGUGUGUGUGUGUGUGUGUGUGUGUGUGUGUGUGCGUGUAAAAAUACACACAAACUCACACUCAGCUCUUGUGCUUGAAAACAGUUCAAAUAAUUUCAAUGGUGGCAACAGAUCCACGUGUGCAAAGGCAAAUUGGCUUUGUCCUUUGAAAUAAAUAGUGGUGCUGGUGCAGGUGAGAUAACCCCAUACUGCACAUCAGUAUUCCUAUGCCCAGAACAGAUUACUGGAUCAGGUCCUAGUGAACAGUGAUAAUUGUACAAAGCUAGUCUUUUUGUUCAGCUAUUCUGCAAAAGGGUCCCUAUCAAAUUAUUUUCAGGAUGACUGUUAAUGAUUUGUUUAGCUGUAUUGAGCAAUAUUAUUUAUUAUUAAUUUAUUAACGUGUAUGUAAUUUAAAAGUAAACUUAGUGCCAAAAUGCAUGUUUUUCCAAUUAGCACUCAGUCAAGGUAUAGACAAUAGUAUUCAAUUUUUGACCCAUUUGUCACAUUGUGAUGUAAACCAAUUUCUAUAUUUCAAUUUGUUUCUUGUGAGAACUGUUGCACUAUUUUAUUUUGUUUUUACUUUUAGCUGUAUUCCAGCAGCCCACUGCAUGCCAUUUGUGUAAGGCCUCUUUCUAAAAAAUCUUGUGAAUUGUCUCUCAUAAUAACCACUGAACUUUUAACUCUUGUGUGGGAGUCUUUUAGGUUUUUGGCACAGUAUUUUGUUACCUCAGUCUUCUAUCAGGUUGCUGUAUUUUUCAGCUUGUUACAUUGAUGAUAAUUGUUUCACUAAUUAAAAACUUUAAUGUAAAAAUAAAAUAUAGUUUUCUUUCUUUAGCACAUAUUUUACACGCAUGGUUUAUAACUGCUUUUUGACCCAAAGGCCCCCAAAGCUAUGAACAUAUUAAUAUAAAAGAAAAAUGCAAUUAAUAUAAAAUAGCAGAUCACAAUUACACUGGUUGUGCAUUUGUCAACAGCAGCCAUGCUGUCACUUAACAUGCAGCUCCCCAGCAUUCCACCUUUCGCUUGGGAGCCAGGUUAACUAACACACAUACACCCCUUGCCCAGCUCAUCCAAUCUCUCACAUCCACAAGCAGUCAUCCAGCAGCAGUACCCUCAUCCUCAUCACCCCCCCCCCAAAGUAGUAACACAAAGGCAUGAUUUCCACUAGCAGCUACUCACAUGCAAUAGGUUGUUGUUUACCAGGUGCAGAUAAAAAAGUCUGGGGAGGCCUAGUUAGCACUGUCAGGCUCUUACCAAGGCCCACAUUCCUAAAGGAGAUGUUUGCUGAUCAAGAACUUUCGGGCCCUGCUGCUUUCCCCCCUUGAUGUUGCUGCCCUCAAUGAGUGUACAACUAACUACAUUAAGUGAGGAUACAGAGCAGCACGCCCAACUUGCUUUGCACUCCCCCUCCUAGUUGCUGAGUGGAUUGGGCGGAAAGUGGGGAAGCAAAUGGGCAGCAGUGGCAGGGUUAAAGAAGAGACGGCCCCGAUUCAGAGACAGUUGGUCCACUUGCCCAAGAGUUUCCAAAACCUAAAAACUUUGCAGAAUUGGUGUUCUUGAGGAUUUCAACUUAAGAAAAAACAAGAAGUUUUUUAAAAAUAAAAGGCUUCUAUCCUUUGUGAUAUCAGUGAAAUUUAUAUUUGAAACUGCAAUGGGUAUUGGCAGAAGCCUCCAGGGUUCAGAAAGUUGAAUUUGUUUCUGUUGAGGUUCUGAAGAAUAAAAGACAAUUCCAUAAAGCCUGACAAGAACAAAAUAUAAAUAAAACUAGGAAAUGUUGGAGGAAAAUAAUCAGGCAAAAGCUGCUAAGACUUUCAUCAAGCUGUUCACACAAAUUUGCUGGCAUUUUAUAGUUAAUUCUCUACAUCAUGGGUAGGCAAACUAAGGCCCGGAGGCCAGAUCCGGCCCAAUCACCUUCUAAAUCCUGCCUGCGGACGGUCCGGGAAUCAGCAUGUUUUUACAUGAGUAGCAUGCGUGUUUUUACAGUGGUGCCUCGCAAGACGAAAUUAAUCCGUUCCGCGAGUCUCUUCGUCUAGCGGUUUUUUCGUCUUGCGAAGCAACCCUAUUAGCGGCUUAGCGGAUUAGCGCUAUUAGCGGUUUAGCGGCUAUUAGCGGCUUAGCGGCUAAAAGGCUAUUAGCGGCUUAGCGGCUUAGAAAAAGGGGGGGAAGCGAAAAAAAUCUCAAGACUCGCAAGACAUUUUUGUCUUGCGAAGCAAGCCCAUAGGGAAAUUCGUCCAGCGAAGCGCAUCGAAAAACGGAAAACCCUUUCGUCUAGCGGGUUUUUUGUCUUGCGAGGCAUUCGUCUUGCGGGGCACCACUGUAUUUAAAAUGCAUCUCUGGUUAUUUGUAGGGCAUAGGAAUUCGUUCAUUUACCCAAAAAAUAUAUAUAUUCCAGCCCCCCACAAGGUCUGAGAGACAGUGGACUGGCCCCCUGCUGAAAAAGUUUGCUGACCCCUGCACUACAUGCUUCCCUCCCCCAAAAAAAACAUGAAUAGGGAAAAACAACAUUAGAAGUGAUCCUUGGUGUCAAGUGAAGCUGUCAAAAUUUCCACACAGCUCUUGAGUAGCACUAUACUCAAUGAUACUUUGAACAGAACUUUGACAGUGAUAUGCCACUGAAUUUCAGGUGUAGGGGAUGUUAGGAGAGAGCUCUUUAAUGUCCUGCAUGCGGGUUUCCAAAGGCAUCUGGUUGGUUACAGUUUUAUGUACAUAAAAUGUUUUCUCCGGGAAAACUAAGAACAGACCAAAGGCCUGCUGAAGUGGCCUCCCAUGUGACUACGGGAAGCCCACAAGCAGGACGUAAGUGCAAUAGCCUUCUCCUGCUAUUCGUCCUCUGAGAGAGACUAGUAUCCAGAUGCAAUGUGUCUCUGUUCCCAUAGUUUAGGGCUGGACGAUAUCAGCUUUUCAACACUGCAAUGUGUCGCCAGCCAAACACUGUGGUUUGGUGGUAUACUGCAAUGUUGAAAAAACAUUCUGCAUUGGCCUCUGCCCGCAAUACACCAGGUGAAACUUUUCCAGCUCUCACCUCAAGAGCUGAGGUGGUUUCACCCAGGCUUGUACGAGUCUGGGACAAUGCAGGUCUCUCCAUUGUAUGAAGGCAAAUUGGGAUGGUGGUUUCACUCUUGGCAAGGAACUAAAAGCGCCACUGGCCAACUGGAGGGGGUCUUGCAGGGCUGCGGCAAUGGAGCCAGUUUUUGGCCUGCGACCUUAGGGGCCAACCCCUAAAUACACUCCUGACUUGACCUGACUAGAACAAAUUAUAUUGAAAGAGAAACAGGCAUUCCCCUUUUGCUUUAUACUUUUUUAAGCAGUCUUAAGUUGGUGAGUAUCAGCACAUCUUUGUGUUAAUACAUUCCAUAGUUUAAUUGUAUGCUGUCUCCAUCCUGAAUCUCCCACCAUUCAACAUGACUGGACAACUCUGGGUUCCACCAAUACAAAAGACACAGAAAUGUUGCUCUAAAAAAGGUCUGACUCAGCAUAAGGUAGCUCCUUCUGUUCAUGUGUAGUUUUUCUGUAACCUAGUAAACACUGUUUUCUCACUGUGCCAAUUAUAGGCAAGUAUUGGGCAUCAUUUUUCUUUUAUUUCUGUAGCUAAAUUAUACUUUGCAUUCUCCCUUCACUUUCAGAGGCACCAUGCCUUCUGAAUGUGUUACCGGGAAUCACAAGUGCGAAUUACCAGAGGCAUCUUAAGUGGCCACUACAAAAACAGGAUGGACUAGAUUAACCUUUGGCCUCAUA